AUGUUCGCAGACCAGGCUAAGUUCCAUUCAUCCACAAAAGCAGACGUCAGGAAUGUGAACGAGGUCGAGAUAACCAUUUCUCCACAAGAGCUGGAAAUAAAUGCACUACUGGAUGCAUACUUCGCAAGCUGGAUUAUAUUUCUACAUCGAUACCAAAGAGAUGCUCUAGACCAAUUCAGUUGGACCACGAGUGUCAGCUCCGGUGUACAUUCUCUUUCAGCUGGUGGGAUAUACUUUCCCAGUCUGCACAAUGUGGCAGAUCUUCUGAGCGCGGCUCGUGAUUUGCGACCAAAGUUCAAGUUCACGGAUUUGGCAACAUUACCGAUAUUUGCCUUCCAGGACGGGGUCAACGAUGAGGCAAGCUGGAAAUUUGGAGUGGAACUUAGACUUAGGCUUGGCACCCAGCACAUACAAGUCAGUUCAAGUCGAGCAGGACUUCAGCAGUGGCAAGCCUCGUCUCAGCUCCGUUCCUUUGCCCAUAUCGUGGAAAUCGUAAUUCAACAUCGUGAAUAUGCGCUGGCGCGUCUACUUGACCCAUCAGACAACGAACUGGAUAGCAUAUGGAGCUGGACUACUCCUUUGGCCGAAACCAUCAACAAAUGCAUGCACGAUAUCAUUUCCGAGAAGUCCAGAUUGCAGCCAACUAAGACGGCUGUUGAGGCUUGGGACGGGAACUUCACAUAUCAGGAAGUCGACCAGUAUUCUACUGAGCUGGCACAGCAUUUGCAACUUCUGAACAAUUCGGAAGAUCAGAUCAUCCCCGUCUUAUUUGAAAAAUCGAGAUGGACCAUGGUUGCUGUACUUGCUGUCAUGAAGUCUGGAUCUUGUUUUGCGCUCCUAGAUCCUGCGCAGCCGGAAGGCCGUCUGAGCACCAUUGUCCACCAAACGAAAGCCAAGUUACUCGUAUCUUCGAAGGCUCAGGCCAUGCUGGCUGCAAGAGUAGCCGCUGGUGCGACUGUGGUGCCAAUAUCACGUUCGAAAUUUGAGAAGAUAUAUCGUCCUUAUCUAGAACAGCUUCCGAAGACAAGCCUGCCACCUGUAUCACCAGCCGCGACGAUGUAUAUUCAAUUCACGUCUGGAAGCACCGGAUUACCCAAAGGAUGCAUGCUGUCUCAUAGCAAUUUCACCUCGGGUGCAAUACCGCGCGCCCAUACAGUGGGAUAUAAGGAGACUUCGCGGGUAUUAGACUUUGCCAGCUAUGCUUUCGAUGUCUCCAUCGAUUCCAUGCUUUGUACGCUUGCCAGCGGCGGUACAUUGUGCACACCCUCCGACGAAAGGCGAAUGAACGAUCUGAGUGGCGCGAUGCGGGACAUGCGUGUGAACUGGGCCGGUAUGACGCCUUCGGUGGUCCGGACGCUUGACCCGGACAUCAUCCCUUCUUUGGCUACGCUUGCUGUGGGUGGAGAAGGCAUCUCCAUCAGCGAUGCAGCAAGCUGGCGUGAGAAGACUACAGUGGUCAACUGCUAUGGUCCUUCAGAGUGCACUGUUGGCGCCACUUACAACAACACAGUAGGGGAGAAGUCCUACAUUAGUAUGGGCAAAGGCACGGGCUGUUCGGUCUGGGUGGUGGAUCCUACUGAUCACAACAAGCUCGUGCCGCCUGGCGUUGUGGGCGAAUUGCUUAUCGAAGGACCAAUCGUCGGAUAUGGGUACUUGAACAACCCUGACAAGACUAAAGAAGUAUUCAUAGAGAACCCGAAAUUUCUCACCUCCGGUAGUCCGAAAACGACUGGACGGCGAGGAAGAAUGUACAGGACCGGCGAUUUGGUGCGCUACGACCCAGAUGGUAACGGUGAGGUAAUCUUCGUUGGGCGCGGGGAUCAGCAAGUCAAGCUUCGCGGUCAACGCAUCGAGCUUGCCGAGAUCGAAUUCAACAUGCUUAAGCACCUGCCCGGCAAUACACGGGUCGCAGCUGAGGUCAUCAAGCCUGGUGGAACGGGCGAGCCAACACUGAUUGCCUUUGUCACUGAACCCAAGGAGAGCGACCAAGGACACCUCGACAGUGAUGUUUUUGCUACCUUCUCAACUACUUUCCAGAAAUCGUUACAGGGAAUGACGGCGCAGUUGUCGAAAGAUCUUCCAGUGUACAUGGUCCCGAGCGCAUACAUCCCAUUGUGGACGAUGCCGUUGUUGGUUAGUUGGAAAACGGAUCGAAAGCGCCUGCGCGAGAUUGGCUCUUCCGUCACCAGACAGGAUCUCAGAAAAUUUAGCGCUGCUAUCUCUGUGAGGUCGGAACCUAAAAGCGGCAUGGCCAUUCGAUUGGAGAAGCUGUGGGCUAGAGUUCUGGGUGGCGAAGCCGACUUCAAUGCCAGCGAUAACUUUUUCAGCAUGGGCGGCGAUUCCCUGAGAGCUAUGAAGCUGGUUGCUGCCGCGAGGGAAGUCUGUAUCGCGCUGAGUGUGCCGGACAUCAUGCUUAAUCCGACUUUGGCGGCGAUGGCUACGAAGGCGAAGACAAUGUCAGCGAAGCAGGCGUCAGAAGUGUCUGCAUUCUCCCUGAUACCCAAAGGCUGGAGCAGGGAGAUUGCGCAAACAGAAGCAGCGCAAGCCUGCAACACUGGAACUGAUUCCAUCGAAGAUAUAUAUCCUUGCACCCCAUUGCAGGAAGGUCUCAUGGCGCUUUCCGCCAAAUUUGUUGACGCCUAUGUGGCACAGCGCGUAGUCGAGCUUUCGACUCGUGCCGCUGAAAGACUCAUCGAGGCCAUCGAAAUGGUCGUGCAGAGCUCACCCGUACUGCGGACUCGCGUUGUCAACGUUUCCAACCAUGGCUUAUUCCAAGUCGUACUCAAGGAUGGUCAGCUGCGUCGCGAACAUGGCACAUAUCUUGCAGAAUAUCUUGAGCAGGACCGCGAAGAGCAUAUGGAUCUGGGUACGGCACUGUUCCGGUACGGAGUUGUGUCGCAACCGGGGAGUGAUAUGGCGCAAGUCAUUCUCACAUGCCAUCAUGCAAUCUAUGAUGGGUGGUCGAUGCCAUUGAUUUUCGAGCGUGUCAAUCGCGCAUACAAAGGCCUGCAGAUUCCGCGCCCAGUAGGCUUCAACCAUUUUAUCAAGUAUCUAACCGGGCUGAAUCCUUCAGCAUCACAGCAAUACUGGCGUCAUUUACUUGACGGCGCAAGUCCACAUCAAUUUCCCUCCCUCCCUCACAAAGGCUACAUUACACGCGCGAACUCUCUACUCGAGCAUUAUGUAAAUGUUCCGGCUGGUGCCAAUAGCAAGUACACCGUCGCGACUAUCAUCCGUGGCGCAUGGGCUCUUGUAUCAUCCCUCUAUCUGGGACAUGAUGACAUCGUCUUUGGCGAGACGCUCACAGGGCGCUCUGCUCCGGUCACUGGCAUCGAGGAGAUUGAAGGCCCGAUGAUCACCACAGUCCCCAUCCGCACCAAGGUCGAUCACAAAACUCAAAUCUGGAAGUACCUCGAUGCAGUCCACACACAGACUGUCCAGCAGAUGCCGCACGAACACUUCGGUCUCCAAAACAUCCGCCGACUCAGCCGCGAUGCGAGAGAAGCGUGCGAACUACGUACCGGUCUCGUUCUGCAUCCAAAAGAAAAUAAUGUACCGGAAGCGACGGCUAACAUCGAGGAUGCGCCUGCGAACGGCUUCUUGCCUUCCGAUGAUGCAGAAGCGGCGAGAGAAGCAUUAAAGUUCAAUACGUAUGCGCUGAUGCUGGUGUGCACGCUGGAUGAGAAUGGCUUCCUCAUUAUGGCGAGCUUUGACUCGAAGUGCAUCACCUCGCCAGUCAUGGAUAGAGUGCUCAGGUUGUUGGAUCGCGUUGUCACUGGGUUCAUGAAGGAGCCUGAACAGCAGCUUGGCUCUGUGGUGACAUUGGAGGCUGAAGAACUGGAGGAUGCUCUGGCAUCCAGGGUAGAAGACAAGGCACAAGAAGAAAAGCCCAGAGCCCCAUCCAACGGGAACUCCAAUAACCAAACCUUAACAACACCGGAUAUCUCAACACCGAACGGAGCCAAGCUACAGGCGCUCCUGAGCCGCAUACUUGCUAUUCCAGAAACAGAAAUUAGCCCAAGCGAUAGCUUUUUCGAUUUAGGUGGCGAUUCAAUAAGCGCGAUGAAGCUUGUCUCCGAAAGUCGUGCGCAGGGCUUGAAGCUCAGCGUUGCCGAUGUCUUCCAAAGUCGUUCGCUUUCCGAGCUCGCGCAGAUUACCAGCAACGAGAAAAAAGAAAAGCUGAUCCAGAUCUUGAGCCGUGUUCUGGAAAUUCCCAAAGAAGAGAUCAGCUCCAGUGACAGUUUCUUCGAGUUGGGCGGCGACUCGAUCUCUGCCAUGCGGCUGGUUGGGGAAUCUCGUGCUAAAGCAAUCAGCAUUACAGUGCCACAAGUCUUCCAAAGCCGCUCGAUUUCGGAGCUUGCUUCACUGGCCGAGCAACUGACGUGUUCGAAUCUUGAAGAGGUUACUCUUGCGCCGUUUUCUGCGCUUGGUGAUGAUGCGGAUUCGUACUGUCCUGAUCAUAUUCAGCCGCUUCUGGAGAACCCUGACUGGAAGAUCGUGGACGUCUACCCAACGAGACCGCUUCAGAAGGUUGCUGUUGAUGGUACUGUUCAGCUUCCUCGGUACUCGCUGCGCUACGAGCUGAUCAAGUUCGAUGCAUCUGUCGAUGAAGCAAAACUGGCGCGAAGCUGCCAGGAAGUGGUCAUUCGCAAUGAAGUGCUCCGCACAGUAUUCGUGGAACUCGGGAACCGCUGCCUUGGUGUGGUUUUGGACUCCCUUGAGGCAAAAUUUCAAGAGAUUUCGGUACCAGAGGACACCGAUAUUGACUCCUCCAUCCGCACAUGGAUUAGCAUGGAUACUGAGGCGCCAAAACCGUACGGAUCAUCAUUCGUUUCCUUUACUCUCUUUAAGCCUGCCCAUGGCUACCCUACACUCGCAUUCCGCAUCUCGCACGCUCAGUACGACGAAAUGUGUCUCCCAAUACUCUUUGCUCAACUCUCAGCCCUAUAUUCCGACUCAACAGUGCCGGAAACACUGCCCUUUACUCACCACGUCAACCACGUAGUCCAGCAAUCAAUUCCCAGCAGCAUCCCCUACUGGCGUGAGCUCCUCAAAUCAUCGCACCUCUCCGUGUUCCGACCUAACAUCCCCCUCACAACACACGCCUCCACCUCAAUCUACCGCGAAUUUGACAUCUCCUCGCGCCCCCCGCAGAUCACCAUCGGGACCCUCCCCACCGCUGCCUGGGCCAUCGUCCUUGCGCGCCGCCUCAACACCCGCGACGUGGUCUUCGGCGAGGUGGUCACCGGGCGGAACCUCGGCGUCGCAGCCGCAGACCGCGUCGUGGGUCCCAGCUGGCAGUACGCGCCCUUCCGCGCGACAUUCGCCCCGCAGGCCACCUACCGCGAGGUCCUGCAUACUGUACAGGAACAGCACAUGACAUCUUCUCCUCACGAGGGUAUGGCGCUGCCUGAGAUCGUGGAGCAAUGCACAGACUGGGAUCCGGCUGAGGCGACGUGGUUCGACAGCGUGGUACAUCAGGCACCGCGGUAUUGGGUCGAGAAUUUGAAUUUUGGCCGGGAUGUGAAGGCGGAAUUUGAGACUGUGUAUCCACAUGCGGAGCCGUUAAAGGAGUGGAAGGUGCAGGCUUUUGUAAUGGACGGGGGAAAGAGGUUGGGGAUCGAAAUAGUGACGUUUGAGGCGUGGAGGGAGGUCGGGGAAGAGGUUGUAGGCGAGAUUGGGAAGGUGCUGGGGUGCUUGGUUGGGGAUGGGGCGGGGAGGGUGUUUGAUGGCGAUGCGUAG